UAUAAAUUAACCCUGUAAUGUCUUUCCUUUGAUCAGAUUUGGCGAUGAUGGACAUGGAGUGUUCUCUGAAGUUUCUGACAAGUAUUUGCAUGAUAUUAUUUCUCCUUGGCUCUUAUGCUGCUUACGAGAGUGUUCGUCUUGUUGAUGCUCGAGAAGACAACGAAAAACAUUAUGUGACACUGCAAGUAGAUGCUUCUAACGCCACAGGACGACCCAUUCCUGAAACCCUUUUUGGGAUCUUCUUUGAGGAAAUCAAUCAUGCUGGAGCAGGUGGACUGUGGGCUGAACUUGUUAGCAACAGAGGAUUUGAAGCUGGUGGACAAAUCAUUCCUUCCAGUAUCUGGCCUUGGUCCAUUAUUGGAGAUGAAUCAACCAUAUCUGUAGUUACAGACCGCUCUUCAUGUUUUGAGCGCAACAAAAUUGCACUUAGAAUGGAAGUGCUUUGUAACAGCAGUGGUUGUCCAUCAGAAGGAGUCGGGGUUUAUAACCCGGGUUACUGGGGCAUGAACAUUGAAGAAGGAAAGAAAUACAAAGUGACCCUUUAUGUGCGUUCCACUGGGGACAUCGAUGUGUCUGUGUCUUUGACAAGCUCGAAUGGAUCACUAACUCUUGCAUCAGAGCAGAUUAUAGCUUUGGCUUCUGAGGUUUCAAAAUGGACAAAGAAGGAAGUGCUUUUGGAGGCAAAUGGAACAGAUGAUGGCGCAAGGCUUCAAUUGACAACCACCAAAAAUGGUUCAAUCUGGCUUGAUCAAGUCUCAGCCAUGCCUGUGGAUACUUAUAAGGGACAUGGUUUUAGGAAUGAUCUUUUCCAAAUGAUGGUUGAUCUCAAACCUCGUUUCAUCCGUUUCCCUGGUGGUUGUUAUGUGGAGGGUGCUUGGUUAAGCAACGCAUUCCACUGGAAAGAAACCGUGGGAGCUUGGGAAGAGAGGCCUGGCCACUUUGGUGAUGUUUGGAAUUACUGGACCGAUGAUGGUCUUGGUCACUUUGAGUUCUUCCAACUGGCGGAAGAUCUCGGUGCAGCUCCAAUAUGGGUGUUUAACAGUGGAAACAGUCAUAAUAAUCAAGUUGAAACCGCAAGUAUCAUGCCGUUUGUUCAAGAAGCGCUAGAUGGUAUUGAGUUUGCUCGUGGUGAUGCUAAUUCAACAUGGGGAUCAGUUCGAGCUGCAAUGGGACAUCCAAAGCCUUUUGGCCUUAAAUAUGUUGCUGUUGGGAAUGAAGAUUGUGGGAAAAAAUACUACAAAGGAAACUACCUUGAGUUCUAUAAUGCUAUCAAGAAAGCCUAUCCAGACAUCAAAAUCAUCUCCAACUGCGAUGGAUCGUCUCAACCACUCGAUCACCCCGCUGAUUACUAUGAUUUUCACGUUUAUACUCCUGCCAAGGCGUUGUUUUCCAUGUCACAUAUGUUUGACAAUACAUCGCGUGAUGGUCCAAAGGCUUUCGUUAGUGAAUACGCUGCGAGGGGCAAACCAGAUGCUAAUAAGGGAAACCUUCUAGCCGCUCUUGGUGAAGCAGGUUUCCUCCUUGGUUUGGAAAAGAACAGUGAUGUUGUAGGAAUGGUAAGCUAUGCACCUCUCUUCCUUAACACAAACGACAGAAGGUGGUUGCCAGAUGCUAUAGUUUUCAACUCCUCUCAUUUGUAUGGAACACCAAGCUACUGGGUCCAACAGUUCUUCACAGAGUCAAGUGGAGCAACUCUUCUCAGCUCUACUAUGGAGGGAAACUCUUCUUAUGUUGAAGCAUCUGCCAUAUCCUUCCAAAGCAAUGGCUCUGAUUACAUACAGAUUAAGGCUGUUAACUUUGCAAACGUGACAGUGGAGCUGAAGGUAAAGAUGACUGGAUUGGACUCGAAAGUUUCUGCAAAAAAGAAGAAAGUACUUACAUCUGCCAGUGUGAUGGAUGAGAACUCCUUCUCCAACCCAGAGAUGAUUGCGCCACAAGAAACCAUCCUGGUGAUGCCCGAGGGGAACUUGACGUUUGUUCUCGCGCCCUACUCGUUCGCAUCAUUGGACUUGCUGAAAGAAUCUUAGAUCUGCUGCAUAAAAAGAAAGGCACGUAGCAGAGUGAAUCUAUCUAUGUCCUAAGAGUAUUUAGUGUCACUAGACGUUGUAGACUCUAAGUGAGGGCGUGAAUGAUGAUCGAUGAUGAUUACCUAUUUAGUUGAAUAAAAUUACCGUUUUCCUUGGAUAACUUCACAUGCAAUAAUCUAAGAGCAUCAUUAUCCC